CACAGCCGCUCCUUAUAUUUCUAUAACACAUGUUCGUUGUACUAAACUUCCAGCCCAAAGACAUCAUUGUCAUAUAGCGCUACGAUGUCUGGCACGCUGCCUUUGCACUCGGUCGUUGAAAGCUCUUUCAACCCUGGCAUCGUGGCAGCGUCAUAUUUUGCCAGUCUAUGCGGCGCAAGUCUGACGAUUGAACUUCUGAACCGUCGUGCCACGGCUCUGGGGAAUCUGAGAAGCUGGCUUGAAACGUUAUCAUGUGCCACCGCAAUGGGCGUUGUCGGUAUAUGGUGCAUGCAUUUCAUCGGAAACCGGGCCAUCAUCCUCGGUGACGGAAGCGAUAUCAUUCAACUAUCCUACAGUCCUGGGUACACUAUACUGUCCGUUUUCUGUCCGAUUCUAGGUCUCGUCGCCGCCUUCUCCGCCGCCGAAUGGACAUCACACUCAGCGGUCGCCCAUUGGGCAUCACUGAUGGUCACUGGCCUCCUGGCUGGAGGCUCUAUCGCUGCGAUGCACUACGUUGGCAACUUGGGCAUCACCAAUUACAGCCUGUCUUAUAGCCCCCGAUUCCUCGCCGCGUCGAUCAUCAUCGCCGUGGGCGACUGCAUACUCGUACUGGUGUUGUUCUACACUCUGCGAGAAAAAUGGAUCAGCUCAUGGUGGAAGAGAGUGCUCUGUGCUAUGCUUCUUGCGGGAGGCGUGUCAUCUAUGCACUUCACAGCAUCUACGCACUGUACCUAUACGCUCCUAAGAUACAACGGCGAUAGGGAGAUCAACUCGAGAAACAUUCAAGUCAUCAUCGCUGGAACCAUUUGCGGCGCAACAGCUGUCAUCGUUCUCUUGUUUCAAUAUCUCGUUCGCAUGCGUGCCCAGGCAGUUCGGGCACGAUCACAGAAGGUCACGCUCGCCUGUGUCGUUUUCAGUCCGGAUGGUCGCAUCCUUGUCACCACAGAAGGCGUCUUGCCGUGUCGCGAGAUCACGGAUAGAUACAACCAUCGCACUUUCGAUGAAGAUUUCAACACUGCGCAUCCUAUGUUCCAUUGGAUCUUCCGCGUCACAUACAACUGGGGCGGCAUCAGUGAUCUGGUCCCUCGUAUGCAGAAUCAGAUGAUUACCAGUAGCAGUGGUACAUCGACCAAGGAUGUCUCUUCAGUAAUUGAGUCACGUUCGAAAUGCUCGUCGGAGUCUAGCACAAUCUACGACUCGGAAACUUACAAUGACUACACGGUCUUGUUCAGGGAGCGUUUCUGUAUGGCGGCCGUCGCGCUUGCAGCUUCAAUGCAUGUGCCUCUCGAACGACUCGGCGUCCUCUACGACAGGAUAGUCGAAACAGGUACAUUGACGACCGAAGAUGCUGCAAAGCGAGGUCGGUCCGUCGAUAUUCGCGACGUCGAAGCAGUGUUGCAUGCCAACCUUUUCGGCAAAGGCCAAGUCAUGUUCAUCACCCGUCAGGCAAGCGAGGAUGACGUCGACAAACUCCUCAAUGCAGGAUAUAAAUUUGCCAGUAUUUUGCACGUCUCGCGCACGCUGGCUCAAGCGAUGCAAAUCCCUACAAUAACACUGGACGUGCAUCUUGCUGACAUCAAGCGAUACCUGGACAACCUGAGAAAUGUUGAGAAGACGGGCACCUGGCUCGCGAUCUUCGCGAUGAUCCCCAAGCCGAACCAGAAAGGCUUCGACGUGGUCGUGGACAAAGACCAUCGUGACCAGCUUCCCGAUGUGCAGCUCGUCCCGCAUAGAUUGAACGGCUGGCAGAUCGAGAUGCUCAAUUAUAUGAAUGGCUACCGCGCCACGGCCUGCUAUACUUUCCUCGACGACCACAUUCGUCGCACCGCGACAGGCGAGAAUUCUGCAGAGAUUCAGUUCGCAACCACUUUACGCAACACUAUCACCGAGCUUUUCGAGCGCGUGCCGGUGGAGUGGACACGUGAAGCUCGAAUCUCCUCCCAGCAGCUCACCGCGCACUACUCGCGCACACAGCCGAACCGCGCAUCGUCAACGACACUGUUCGCCUUCACUAUCAUCGUCGACAUGCACACCACGCUGGACCCACGCCGCUCGCCGACCAUCUCACGUAUUCCCUUGUCCUUCUUCGAUACCCGCCAACGCUGCUAUCCCGGCUCGCCUGACCAUGCCAUCCUCGCGCAAGAAAUUGUACAUAUGUUCGGGCCGCUGCUCUCGCGCAAGUUCAACAAAGACAAGGAGAACCAACGUAACCGACACAAACGCCUCAGCGCCAACAGCCGGGAAGGUGACAGCGGUGGCGGCGGCAUCACCAGUCGCGCCUCAACAAUCAGCGCUAGAUCUCGUUUGGCUCGCUCCAGUAGUACGGAUAAGACCUGGUCCGCUCAAGACGAUUCUGGCUCAUCACAAUACGAACUGAUCGACACCGCAAGCUAUACCACCCGCAAAUUCUCUCGUGGCGGUGGCGGUGGCGGUGAUCGUGGUGGCCAACCCGGUAACGCUGUCGAUAACUCCAAUCGCAGCAACAGCCUCCGCAUUCCAGGCUUCUCGCACCACAACCACCACAGAAACAACAGCCAACACCACCCUCGCCGCGAUAGACAUGACAGCCUGCCAUCUAACGCCUGGGGUAACGGCGGGAUCCUCGUCAGCAGCGAAACCGUCAUCGAAACCGACAGCAACAGCGAAAUCUUCGGCCCGGCGUCUCCUGGCGAGAACACCCGUGGCUCCGCCACUCCCAUUGGCGGAAUUGGUGCAGAAGCUGGCGUGGGCGCCCCUAGUAUCGGCGGCGCGCCCGCCUCGGUGGCCGCGGGUAGAGGCAUGGGCACCAAAGUCGCUAUCAGCGCGACGAAACCCGAGAUGACCUUCGUGGACCACUUGGUUGUUAUUACCAAGGCCAGGAAUGUUCCUACGAAGCCGGAGGCGCCACCGACGACGGGGACGACGGGGACGAUGGGGACGGCGAGUCCUGGCCUGGUCGUUCUGCCGGAAAUAAGAAUGGGUGGUGGAGUAGGAGAAGUUUGAGUGUGAUUUUUAUGGUUGUUUAUGGAUUUCAUCGAUCCCCGGAGGAUUUGAUGAUUGAUGUUGAUGUCCGCGUGUGCGAAGCUGUGUACCGAAUCGCUCUGAUGCUCUGAGAGAAUACCCAUGACGAGAAGCUCUUCGCCAAUUUGAUGAUGGUUGAUGAUG